AUGAACGGCUUCUCUCAUCCCUGCGACGGGAAUUUGGACAACAUGGAGAACAAAGAACGCAACGGGGAAGGAUCGAAGUAUCGUAAGCGCAAGAUAAUAACCGGACUUUUUCAAGGUUGAGUGUAGUACAAUUUAGCUCUAAUUAGUUUUAUAUUCUGACCUUUCGAUCACGUAAGUUCGAACACAUGAAUUUCCAGCUGCACAACAAAUGUCGCUGUCAUUCAAUUUAAGGAGAGGAUUUAUUUCCUGUAUUUACUAAGUCCCCGCCUUCAGUAAAAAACGAAAUUAUUUUAAGACAUUUUAAUCAUAUCUGCACAGCCCUGAGGAAGGUGUGCUAUGAAUAGUAAUCUAAAUAGCUUCUCCAAUGCAAGACAAUGGAGAUUCCUAGUUUCGGCCUGUGGAAAUAGUGUCUUUGUACUCAGUGAUUGCAUGUGACGGAAAUUAUGAAAAUAUACAGAACUGUGGUUGGUUCCUGAUGGCAGAUGUUGAAACCCUUAGUCAUCUGAAAAUUCUUGUAAACGUUAGCUGCCACCACAAUAAUUUAUGAAAAUGCAGUCGGGACGUAUUUUUACUGUCUGCAUUUUCCAACAAAAAAUCUCCUGUGAGUUUGAUUUCUUUAAGGAGGGCGGACACGCCAUACACAAAUUGGCCCAGUAAUGUUAAAUUCACUGGCUUGAAUUCUCUUGUUGAGGCCAUACCAGUUUCAUUGCUUUAUUAUUCGGUUAACGAAAAGUAUUGACAGUACAGUCGAUUUGUGGAACGGAAUGUAAUGUGGGGUUUUGCAUGCAUCAGCCAUGCAUCGUUCAUCAGAUAACGCCUACACACAUGUAUAUAUAUGUAGAGAAGAAUUGGCAUGCAUUCCGAGACGAUAUAAUGCAAAAGAAGAGGUUCUUCGGAAAAGAUCUAGUUGUACUCGUAAAUUUCAUGAAAGAAAGCCUCUGCCUUAAACAUAUAUAUAUGUAUAUCAGGAUCAACCGCUACACUAUUCCGAUGACGCAGCCGGCAAAUUUACUGAAGCGUCAGCAUUAAUAUGAUGUAUUUUGUGAGGUCACGUCCUCGUUUUCUUGGUCUCUAUGCGGAAUUAUGAACGCAAUAAAUACAGUGCGUGACCUAUCUCAUGAAAUGUUGGCUGAAAUUCUGAAAUGCAUUUUCGAUUAUGAAGGAUUACUUGGUCGAGGUUGUAAUACGAAUUAUCUUACGGCAAACUCUUAUAACAUUUUGGACUUGGCAAGAUGCCGGCUUUUAAAUGCACUUCUUUUCAAUCUCCUACAGAAAGCGUGCUCGGUAAAAAAUGACUACUUAAGUAGUAAGCAUUUUUCCCAUUGAUUCUCGAUGGUCUUGCAAAUUCAAAUAUAUUUUAUAGAAACCACAAACAAAAAUAUUUUUUCUUUUAGUCACUCAAUAUAAAAUCACGUCUUAUUUAUAUUUUAUACUUAAGGAAGGGGUAUAAUUAGGUUUUAAAAAAGUUUCUAAUUAUGAGACUUUUUAAGACCGCGAUAUGUCCAUUCACAUACCUGGCCAUUCACGUACCUGGCCGUUUUCCACUGCUCCUCAUGAAAUGUACAACAUGGUCCGCAUCCAUUAAAAAAUUUUAUGGACCCUGUAUGAUUGCUCUUUAAUGACAUAGAAAAAUAUGGGAUUUUCUUUACGCGGAACGCAUGCAUCUUGUAGAGUGUAAUCACUAAGCGCUAAUGCAACGAAUGAUCGGGCUCCAAAUUAUUCGGCAAUUAGAAAACUUUUUUGAAACCUAAUUAUACUCCUUUUUUAGGUAUAAAAUAUAAAGAAGACGUGAUUCUCUAUUGCUUUACUAAAAGAAAGCAUAUUUUUGUUUGUGGUUUCUAUAAAAUAUAUUUGAAUUUCCAAGACCAUCGAAAAUCAAUGGGAAAAAUGCAUGCUACUUAACUAGUCAUUUUUCACCAAGCACGCUUUCUACAGGAGAUUGAGAAGAAGUGCAUUUAAAAGCCGAAAUCCUGCCGAGUCGGACAUGUUAUAAGAGUAUGCCUUAAGAUAAUCAGUAUUACAACCGCGACCAAGUAAUCCUUCCUAAUCGAAAACGCAUUUCAGAAUUUCAGCCAACAUUUCAUGAGAUACGUCACGCACUGUACAUAAUUUAUGCGCACCAGGUCGUCACUAAAUGUAAUGUCUGCAUACGAGCAACUCUUCUCCCUUGGUAUUCCUCAGCAAGUAAUAAUUUUACAAAUUUCGUUUGUCUCCAGCCACCUACGACGCCAAAGUGAUAAACGGUGUCUGCAAUGUGAAGACACUGUCCAAAAUUACGUCGACGGAGAAAUCCCCGUGUCUCAGCAACGGGGGACCUGUUCAAAGUCCGGAAGUUGUAUCGACUUCUGGCCUGAUCGCAAAUGGUGAAAUCGAACGUCCUUCUUCAUCCAUGGCACCUGCUUGUGAACCAGUCUCACCAACGAAGAAAAGUACUUAAUUUUCUUUGCCACUAAACGCCAUAAAGUUAUGCAGCAAAUUAGGUUGCUCAUCGCAAAAGAACUUAAUCUCAACGUAGUUAGUAAACAGAGGGAACAUUUUUGUUUUUAAAUGAGUAAUGGUGUUGGCUGAAAACUUCAUACAGCACGUUUUAAAUCAAACGAGGGAAGUUGCACUCGUAAUUUUUGGUCCCAUAAAUAAUAGCAAAAUCUCGUUGUCAAUCAAGGACUCGUGAGAAUAUCUACUAAUUGAUGUCGUUAGGUACUAUGGGUUAACAACGGACCAAACAGAGUUCCCGCUUUCCAGCGGUCAGUUUCCUGCCUUGAGCAUGUUCUUGCGUAGGGUGAGAGUCAAAGCACGAAUGUUAAGCUUAAGAAACUGCAUUGUGAGAGUGACUGGCUUCAGGUGUUUAGGAAAUGUUGACAAGUAUAUUUAGUGCAACAUGCUCGAUAUAUACAGUGCAUAGUUAUCCCACUAAUUUAUGUUUUUUAAAAGGGUUAGAAAACACUAAACUCAUAUAUGUCGGACUGAAGAAAACAGUCGAUGUAAAACUCCCACUAGAACUGUAAUAUGAUUUGAUUUUUAAUAAUUUGCGAUGUUUAGGACGUCCAGAUAUUUUUGUUUCAUCAUAGGAGAAAAGAGUUUGAACUUUCUUUACCAUGAGUAACCGUAACAUUUGGACUUUAUCGUAAGUUUUUUAUGAAUGCUCAUGCAUAGGAACAUCUUGAGAAAUUGCCUCUCCUCGAAAAAAAAUACAUGUAUAUGCUGUUAGGGUCUUGAUAGCAUGGAAAGACGCUAGCGAAACUUUAAGAAAGCUCACAGAAUGUUGGCCCUUUCUAAACAAACGGACCUCAUGUUUCCAGUUAGUUCCUCGUGACCAUGCGCUACUUCUAAAAUACCAGAAGCUGAGCAGCUGGCAACCGAAAUGUUGAGAAAGUCAUGGUAUUCAGGUAGAAAUUCUUUUCCAAAAGGAUAUAACUAACGGUUGAACGAACCAAAAUUUGAUUAUUAAGUCCCGUCUAUUUCUAUUAAUUUUGCAAAUCCACUCAAGCCAAUCCUAGGCUUUGGCUUCCCAAAAAGCUUCGAUUCAAACUGUGUACAUUAAAUCCCUUUUGCCUUAGAAAUUUUUGUAAAGGAUCAUUUUUUUUCGAUUAACAACUUCUGAAAGCGCCUUCGGCUUAAAGGUUAGUGCACCUUUCAUUCCCCCCACCGUUCAGUAUGCAUACUCAGUCAGACGUCAGCCAAAGGGCAGAAAAAUCGAAUUUUGCCAAGUUUCAGUGCAAAUUUUUGGCCCUUCUUCUCGCAAAACUUAAUCUUCUCAGAUAAUACUGAUAUCUGCAUGCCUUGCGAACUCAGUAUUGCCGAUAGAGGCAAAAAGCCGAGUCCCAGGAAGCAGUACAUAAGAAGGUGUUGUGGGCACUGGAACAAUAAUUCUAUUCCACUGAAAUUUCAUAUUCGCACUCGAACACGUCAUCAGCGACGGUCGCAGAUUAGAGCCAAAGUCGCACAGGGGAGCAGUACUCACGGGAACAUCAUAUCAGUGGGUCAAAUGGCUGAGCAUCUAUUACAGUAGGUGGGCUAACUCAUGAAAUUUCAACCGAAAUUCCGAAAUGCGUUUUCGUUUCGAAAGAUUACUUAAGAAGGGCUGUAAAACAAGUCAACCUGCAACAUAAUUCUAUAAUAUUUCGGUUACCUCUGGGUGCCAGCUUUCGAAGUAACUUCGUUCCGGCUACAAGCAAAAUUUCUACUCUGUAAAAAAUGACUGCUUAUAUGGCAUGAAUUUUUCUUAUUGAUUUUCGAUUGUCCCAAAAAUUCAAUUAUAUUUCAUGGAAGGCAUACAUAAAAAAUCUUCACUCUUUCGCUCAUUUGGUUGAAAAUUACGCCUUCUUACAAUCUUAUACUCGAGAGAAGGGUAUGAUUUAGUUUCCAUAACUUUUCCAAUUCCCGAAUAUUUUUGAACCCGCUCUACCGUUACCGGAUUUCAGGGUUUCCAAACCACAAGCCACACAUUUUCUGCGUACGGAAAACCACACAUUUGUCUACUGUACAAAAGGGGGACCAAAUAUGGUUCAUAAAAUUUAACAGUGGAUUUGAUCCAUAUUGUUAACUUUACAAGCCACAUUUGUAAAUGCAGAGACAUGAAGAUUUAUGAACCGCCAUUUCAAGUUAUUUAAAAGUCCGACCAUUGGAAACUUUUAAAAACUGAAUUAUGUCCCUCCUUCGAGCGUAAGAUUGAAAGAAGGCGCAAUUGUCAACCAACUUAAUUGAUCUUUUCGAAACAGAGGCGCAUUUCGGAAUUUCGGUUGACACCUACUUACUGUAAGUCCUGCAUGACGAUGUGCGAACACUGGUCAUGAUUAACUUUGAAUGACCGCUAGUCGUGCUAUGAACGCUAAUCGCGUAGACAAUUCAUCACCCAGGGCCACAAAAUUUAGUUCGUGCUGCUCGACUACUGAUUCUGCGGAUAGAUAUGUUUGCCAAGCGCAUCAUUUAAUUCAUUGCACCAGAAAGGAAGGUGUCUCCGGCACAGAUUGGCGUCCAGAUGUGCGGCUAAGCCCUAAGCACAUCAUCGGACCUGCAUCGCACUUGUAUGAUGGACUUCGUCCGAGAGUCCGGGAGUCCGAACGAAUCACCUUAUUCAAAUCAGAGAAAAACCUACGGUUGAUGAAUUUUGCCCAUCCCACAGUUUAUCCGCGUGCAUGUGGAAGGUGAGUCUUCAUGCUCUCGACAGUUCAGCACUGUGUUAGGGAAAUCACUAUAAACCAGUGUGUGCUGACAUCUUUGUGCACUGAUGAAUUUGAGGUUUUAAAACAGGACUGUCAGCCUACUCCCGCUGCUCUUGUUCAUAUUUUACUUCUUAAGACUAUUAUUAAGUGUCUGAAACAUAAAUUUUGGCCAAAACUCAUGCUAAGUCUAAAUGGGAUGUAAUAGUUAGGCGUGUUUACAGCGUUCUUUAAAAAAAUGGCUUUGUCUCAUCCUAAUAUAUGUAUAAACGUUGACUGACGGCUUACCUAUUCACAUGAAACUGUAUAAAUCACAAGCGCAUAACUACUACAAAUGCAGGAACGCCUGCAAGGCAUCAUCGUGCUUAUCCGAAACAAAUCCUUUGAACAGAAUAAUUUUCAAUGUUUGUCCUCUGGAAAACUUCGUACUAUCAUAAAGUACUAUUUGUCGCUUAGAGCGGCAUUUCCAAGCGAGACCUGAGCUUUAUGAUCACGCUUUUGAUUGCGUCUAAGACGGAUGAUACAACUUGCAGUCCCAUAUAUUGAAUUUAGACGGUGUGUACCUCAUGAAGGUGAAGUCUCUACAGUUGCUGUGCACUUCUACAUCAUUAUGGAGAUUAAUGUUCCGUUUCUAUUUGCUGAAUUAACCUGAUUCUCUUGAAAGGUGUCUUAUCCGCCACUUUUUAUUCUUAAAGGUCGCACCCAGUUGGAAAGCGAGUACUUUGAGGGAAUGCGCACCCAGUGCACAAAGGCCAUAAAUUUGUCGGCAGAUUACUUGCAGGGCGUCGCCAAACAUCGGGUUUUCCCGCAGGUUGAGCCCGGCUACCUGCGACCGCUUCUGCCGCAGGAGGCCCCCAACGAACCAGAAUCCUGGGAUCAAAUAUUCAACGACGUGCAUAAACUGCUAAUGCCUGGCGUACGUCCUACCGAGAGGCGGGGGGGGACAAUGCCCUUAACCCGGCCUUAUUUUGUUCGCUCGAAUUUAUUUUUGAUUUGCUUGGUACCUCAUGCUUUCUUCAGUCCUCAAAUCCACUCGCCGAAUUUGGCACAGCUGACUGAAGACGGGCGACAAGUCAAAAACGGUCGUCCCAGUCUUCUUUAUAUAAGCGGGACAACGAUCGGGUGAAGGACACCAAACACACACGACCAGACAAAUGUGCCUAUAUUAUGGGAAAGGUGGUAAAAGGGGUUUUACGGGCGGGGCCUAUGUAUGCAUAGAGGAAUGGCAAAAUAAGUAUAAAUAAUUGAUAAAUUCGGUUUCCGGGCGGAAACGUUCUAAUGUACUGACACAAACAACCGAAAUUAAAUUGGACACUUAAAAGAAUAGGCAUUAGGUGUCUACAGCGAUCGCCUCUCAACUCUCUGAGCUGAGGUGAUUGUAGUUAAUACCCCAGACCGUCUACCUCAGACGAUCCAACCUUGUGCGAUUAAACAUCAAACCGAAAUAAUCGUGUCGGACUAAAACCCACUUAAAUAAGCAUAGUAGGUAUUCUUUGUAUGUCAAAGAGGCUUGGGUGUCUUCACCCGAUCCUAACCGUGUCCGCGAGGGUUCUAAAUCGAUCUCGAGGGCACAACGAUAGGAGCACGACCCCGACAUGAUCGGUGAAUGCUAUUCAACACGGUAGUAAAUACUGACGAUCACAAACGACAUGGCAACGGAUCCGGGCUCGAUGCUAGAGCACAAAACACUCAAUAGCCAAAGACUUAAAUCUCGAACUCCAGGUUAUUCAAACCUGGGUUUGAUCAUACCUGGCUGCCUAUGCUUUGUCGGUAUUAUCCCCGGCCAAAUUGAUGCUUUGCUGACGGACAAAGGCAAGAGCGACUGGAAUGGCUAUUUCUGGCUUAUCAGUCAUCAUCAGCCAUCGAUGCCCAAUCCCGAGGUGUGAAGCACCUGGGACUCGAUCCCGCGACCCGUUUGUAAGAAGUCUAACGUCCCAAACCACUAAUCCAGGGGCUCGUUUCCCUGUCGGUUGCGAUCGGGAAUAUAUGAUGGAAAAGGGGCGCUCAACGAUCGUGUUACGGAACUCACUCGGCCCGUUGUGCCCUGCUAUUCUUUGUCGAGCCCAACCAGCAGCCACGCAGCGGCACCUCUAUUACGCGUUAUAUUGGCGCCGCUGCGUGGCUGCUGGCUAGGCUCGACAGAGAGCCCCAAGGCACAACGGGCCGAGUGAGUUCCGUAACACGAUCAGUGCUCUCUCUUCUACUGUUGUUAUGUUUCUUCUGUGAGGACUGAUAAGAAAACGCCUAAAUAGCUCAGGUAUCAGACAGGGCAAACGAAACUUUCGAGGGAGGAUGCGAAUUCGAGUCUUAAUCUGUUCUUGCCUAUUCUCUCCCCCCCGCUGAAGGUUGCCCACUGGAAUCAUCCACACUUUCAUGCCUACCUCGCCGCGGCUAAUUCCUAUCCUGCGUUGUGCGCUGACAUCAUUUCCACUGCAAUCGGUGGAAUCGGAUUUACCUGGGUAGGUUUGAUCCCACUGGCCAAUCCUCUUUAAGUCUGGAAAAAACCCGUUUAAAGUCAUAUGGUGAUUACUGUCGAAAUUCGCUGUAUUGCGUCUUGCCUAUUUGAAGCCUGGAAGCUUGUGAGUAGUUGGAUGGAAUUUGGCAUGUUCUAAGUUUCGCUCCCCUCCCGUUUCACAGGCAUCCUCCCCUGUGAGCACGGAACUCGAGGUUGUCAUGCUGGACUGGAUGGCUAAACUCCUCAAUUUACCAGAGUUCUUCCUUUCACAUACAGAAGGCGGCGGCGUGAUUCAGGUAUGGUACAACAAUAGGCUGCUCCUGUCCCUCACAUGCAGUAUUUUUGAUUUUCUCCUUUUCACCAUAAUAAUGUCAUGAAAGUCCCUGAGAUUGCAUGGUCUCCCUUCUUCCCAGCCCCUUUGAAUCACACUUAGAAAAUUUGGCGAGGUCGGGUACUGCAGCCCCACUUAGUUGGUACCACGCGGUUAGCUUCCUAAAACAGUUUUGGUAGGUGCAAGUACGUUGACUUUACAAAUAUCACGUGUUCGCACCUUCCUUGUCAUUUUAAUUCAGCCAGUGACUGGCUAUGCCACGGGAAAAGUGCUUAUACGCCAGCCUCGGUUACUUCAGGUACCAGUUCACAUGUGGCUCCCUGCGCGUACUUGGAGGCUUGCUUACGCCCUCUUUAUCAUCUCAAUUCACAGAGUAGAUAAGUAGACUUGCUAAUGUCCUUGUUCGGACGACGUGGAACUUCGUCGGUUUCACUAUAGUGAGCAUGCAUUUCGAAUUACCACGCGGUUCCCUCCGUGGCUCUCCAGUUGCGAUUGCGUCCCAAGUAUCCUUCUAAUCCAGCAAGCGGCUGUGUCGUGGGCAAUGUGUACAAGCCAUCUUCACUCGCUUUCCUGCGCGCGCUUCGUACUCUGCUUGUACUCUCUCCCUAACCCAGCGAGGGGUUAAGUUAGGUAAUGCUAACUAACAUUUUUUAGGAAGCUAACCAUAUGGUAUCAAUGAAGUGGGGCUGAAGAACCAAACCCAACCGAAAAGUUUUAUUGUUGAUCCUCUUCACAAGCUUAUGUUACAUGCAUAAAACAAUAUAUUUGCAUAAAUGUACAUUUUCCGCCCUCAGGGAACUUCAAGCGAAUCAUCAUUCGUGAGCUUACUGGCAGCUCGAAAUGUCGCCAUCGAAAAGUACCUUCGACUUCACCCAAACAUCUCCAAAUUUGAAAUUCAGGAGAAAUUGGUCGGAUAUCAUUCAGAUCAGGUAAAACACAAGUAUACAGUUACUCGAUAAAGUGCAUUCAUGAUUUCUGUAUAAACCUAUUGCUAUAAUUGGGUGCAGACUGACCGGUUUUAUAGACACCGCUAAAAUCGUUCCCGUCAAAGGUUGGCAACAGAUGUCCUCUUUAUUCAGGUUUCAUAGAUGCGUCGCAAGCAUAAAAAAACUGUAAACACUUGCAGCCCAACUUCAUUUUAAAAGGCUGAGGAACCGUUGACGGGAGAGCAGGGUUGUUUACGGGUAGAACGAUCCGGCAACGGUUUAGAGAACACCCCAUUUAACUGUCAGUAGACUGUGGAUCGUGCCAUACGUGAUUAAUGGUAAAGGGAGUUUUAUGAUCGGGACAGCACGCUAGACAGUAAGCUAACAGAAUGAAGGAAAACACAAAAUUGCCCGGAUUUAUGCCGAAAGUCUUAUUCAACGUUACUUUACGACAACGAAAAUGAGUUGUAAUUAAACAAUAAACAAAAGUCAAAUUUCACAAAAUAACGGAUUAUGAGUUAAGGUUUGAGGUCGCUGAAAAUAAUCCUUAUUGGCAGAGUAAUUUCUGAAGCAGAUUGCAAACGUAUGCCAAGAUAAGACCCCAUAUGCCACGAUCCACAGUCUACUGACAGUUAAGUGGGGUCCUUCUUUAUACCGUUGUCAAUGAUCCUCCUCCGAACGGUAUUUAUGCCCGCGUCCUAACUUUAACCGUAACCCUGACACUAAUCCUAACUCUAGCGUUAACUUCCCUAAACCUAACUUCUAUUCCUAGCUCUCCUCGCCUUAAACCACACUCCGACGUCUACUGAAAUUUAUCGCAAGGCCACUUGUUAUACCGGGGCCCAUAUUCCCAUUCCCUACUGGAGAGCACUUUCACUGGGUACUGGCAGGCAAAAUGAUAGGAUGCGACUUUAAGGCGUCAGACGAUGACCACAUCUGAGGCCCGAAGAGCAACUGUAUGAAAACCUGCAAGGUUUCUCAAAUGGCUUUUUUUACGGUCAGUCAGCGAGCUACGGAGUCCAAUGAGCCCACUUCAGCAAAAUAAGACAGGUGGACCACCCAGACCCUAAGUGCCUUGCUGGUCGAGAAAUCAGCUUGGCUGCAAAACCAGAGUACUAUGGAUGUCAGUUGGACCUAGUCUGAUGAUGAGCUGCGCAGCAUUGCCAUAAAGCCGAAGGCAACUUGGGGAAGCUUUCGAAAAACUGUCGAUGCUUGUUGACACUCUGGCUGGCACGGGGAAGUAAAAGCGUUUUUGGUCAGAUGUGGUUAUUUAGCCGCACCUGAGGGAAACAAAGCCCAGCCACCUGUAAUACUGGAUCGGCGGUAAUAGGCAUUUUACAGGUGAAGCCGAGAAACUCACAGGCGACGAGGACAAAUAACCGUAUGCAAAAGAAAAGCUCUUUGGAAUGCGCGGUUAAACUUUGAGUGGUUGAGAAAAAGUUGCCCUAACCCCUAACCCUAACGCCUAACUCUGACCCCUCACCUUAAGCCCUCACACCAAAUCUAACCCCCGAACCCUUACUCUAACUCCUGGCUCUGAACCCUGACUCCCUGUCCCUUUACCCUAACCCCUAACUCUAAGCCCUUGCCACUAACCCUAACCCCAACCCUAACCCUUAACCGCAGCCCAAAAUUCUAACCCUGAAAAAAACAUGAGUCUCUCUGGAAGGUAAUGCCUUCGUCUGAUGUGUCAGACAGGUACUUUAGUUUAUCAGUCGCCGUCUUUUUAAGGCUCACGCGUCUGUGGAGCGUGCAGGACUGCUCAGUCUUCUGCGGUUCCGUUCACUUCCCUGCAAUGAGAAAUUCGAACUGGACGGACCGACUCUGCGAAAGGCUGUGGAAGAGGACGUCGCCAAUGGCCUCAUCCCCUUCUAUGUAUGUCUCUUCUUUUUCCUAGAGGGUUCUGCCAGUGUCUGUAUGAUUUUCUGCACCCGGUUAGUCCUUGGGUGCCUCUACUCAGAUAGCAAUGACGAGUAUAUUUGAAAAGUUCCUGCUGAGGCGUUGUUGUGUCUACGCGGUGAGAGCGUAUCCUCAGGGCGGAUGCCCAGUUGUAUGAGAAGACAGAAGCCAUCAGAACGAGUGUUUUAUUGCGUGCCGAACCGUGAGUUGUCCUCUCAGGCGACAUUGACCGCUGGCGAAGCCAGGGCCAGUAUUGUCUGCGUCCAGUCAUGCCUGAGAGUCCGUGAAACUGUGGUACCGGCUGCGUUUGCAGGUUUGUGGGGAAGUCUGAGGUAAUGUCCAAUUGGUUUGUGUGUAUGCAUUGCGUUCGCCGUGGAGUGGUGCUUUGGGCGGUUCAUGUUGCUGGUUGCUGGGAUGUGGUUUGUUCAAGUACUCCCAGGCAGCUGUAGACGCACGUGCAUCCGAGUUGAAGUCAAUCGAGUGGCUACAAGUCAGUGCGCCGGGGCCUUGAACAAUCACGCCAGACUGGCCAUGAUGGCUGCCGCAACAGCUCGCCCCCCCCCCUCAGACAUAGAAUAAAGCGGAAGUAAAAUUUGACUUCAGCUCGCACCUCGGGUAAAAAUUGCGUACCUUGUUGACAUGUUUCGCCUAGACAUCACUCAUUUGACCUGCUUACUUAGCUUUUUGGUAGCUUUUUUUGUUUAAUUACUCGAAGCACUAUGAAUUUCAUUUUGCGGACGAGGUAAAUUAUAAAAUGAAUGAGAUAAUGCCCUGCAUAUGCAGGUUGCGGAGCCUUUGUCGAGUAUACCAGGAGUUUCUGGUAGUGAAGACCCGACGGAUGUUGCGACCUGUGCAGAGGUGCAGUCGGGGCAUUAGCCGGAAUUUUGCCUGGCGUGAAUGACCUUGACACAACGGGGCCUUGAACAAGGACGUAAGAGAUGUCCAAGAUGGCUGUCAGCAACAGUGUCACUCUCCUUCAAAGGCAAACUCAGCAGUUCAACCAUCAGAAUCUUCGGUACUGCAGUCCUCGGUAGACUAGACACAAACUUGAAUGAAAGUAUCUUCGGCUUUAUUUUGGCUACAUAUCUUCCUAGAAGUUUAGAUGGUAGUGCAUUAGAACUGACGUUGAGUGUGUAAGACAAAGUCCCAAAUAGUAGGCGAGCCGACUCCACCGUAAGGCCAAGAAUCUAAUUCGCCUCAGGCUGCGGACACAUAAGAUAUUCCGUCAUUUGAUAUUGAAACAAAUUUUGGUAGUGGGGAAUUUGGUGCUUUAAUAUCUAGGGGAUGUGAUCACUACGCUAUUAUAUAUUUGCUGAUAAGUGGGCCGUCUUCGAGCUAUCAGCCCCUAAUCUAUCAUUAUAACCAAAAGUAAUCUUCGAGAUAAUGUGCUGACUGACCGCACCCGGGUCUCUGAUCUAGGAGUAAUCAUCUAAAGUUCACGCCGUCCAGGAGGUAGAAGUGACUGAACUCUUCAAGAAGUAUGGCGGACAUGCGAGUGAAGAGCUGUCUGAAUCACAGAUCUGCAUCUUUAAAGUAAAUUAGUAAAGGCAAGGAUUUUCCUAGCCUGUGAACCCUUAAAUCUCUCCUUGACGGCGUGCCCAGUCAUCCUGGAGACGGGCGUAAGAAAUUCUUCUGAGCCGUGUUACUAAGGAGAGGAAUUGAUAGGCCAUUUUCGCAAGGAGUUUGACCGCCUGCGAUGAGUUCCCAACAAUCCGAGAACUGCGCCAGGCCUAUUAGUCGAUGGGCAUACGAUAACACAUAAAUCAAGUUCACGAAAUAGUGCACCCCUGUGUCCCCCACACUACUACUUGGCGUCUCAGUACGCGAUGCUGGGCUCCGGGACAAACUUCAAACGAAUGUAGAUCAUUUUCCGGCAAUGAAGCCCCACUUAUCGAUAAACACGCGGCCUCGCUCGCUGCCUUCAGGUACCCAUGUCUUCAUUCGGAUGCAUUUUGGUGGAACGCAGUUCAAACUGCAGGAGUUGACAAACAGUAACUUCAGGAAAGUGGAUGGGAACACUCCUUUAACGAGGAAUCAUGCAAGUCCAGGCGAGUAGAUGAAGAAUAAUUCUAGUAGGUUCAAGGACUUCUGGUAAGGGUCGGGUAUGUAGCCUUCCGGGUGUUUGGUCAAAAACCCAACUUUUUAUCUAACUCAGUUAAGUGUAUUUCAUAACGGCUUGCCUCGCAGUAGGUCGCAAAAGAGGUUGUGCAGGAAGUUGAUAUUAACCUCCACUAGCGUUAUGGACAUUAAAGUUGCCCUUUUUGGGCCCAGGGUUAGGGUUUCAGCAUCGGUUAGGAUUAAGGUUAGUUGGGUUAGUAUGGGGACUAUGGUUGCCAGGCAUGGUCUGUGGCUUGGAUUUGGGGUUGGGUUUAGUUCUCUAGGACUUGGUUUAAGGUUACGGUUACGUCCGAGUGUUCCUUUAAUGCCUGCUGGUUAGAGAUUUACCUUUGAAGACAUGACCAUGGUUGACGUUAUAUUUGUGGCUAGCUACGAUUUCUCCAAGGGGGUUACAUACCAUACCGUUGCCGGACUUUGCCCCAUCGGAAGGUUUCCUAAAAACCCACUCCAUAAUUUAGCUUCAAAGUCAAACUGAGAACUAGUUGGCGAUAUUCUGAGUGAUAUGAGGUGCCAUGAGUACAAGUAGUAGGAACGAUUUCAGCUCAAUAACUGUCAACUGCCAGAGGUUUCACUAGUAAGUUUAUCAGUCAUACUGGCAAAACUCGUCGAAGAAUGCUCUCUCCUAGUGUCAUUCAAGCAUUCCAAUUCUCCAUUAAGGUGGCUGAAAUAACUUUUGACUUCAACGCGAUAAAGUUAAGGAAAUUUUAGGAAGAAGGAUCGCGAAUUACGCUCAUGACAGGAAGUCUUCCUAGUCUCCGCUAAAGGAUACCAUAAACUCAUGUCUCUCUGCCGCAUCCGAACUCGACACUCAGUGUGUACUACAGAAAUGUUUCCUGUUCAUUUGUCUUGGCAGGGUGUUUUUGACGUAUCAGUGGCUCUUUUAUUCGGCCUGUAGCCGCAUUCCCGAGAUCGUCUUGUACAUGACCUUCAUGGUAUGAACUACCUCGACAAUGACCGUUGUAAAACUCCCGUAUAUGUCUUAUGUGGUGCUGGAUCAGUUAAUAAUCGUCUUCUGUGACCUCUGGCAUGUGAAGACUGCAAAGACAAGGGCUUCGGAUCAUGUCGAUCACUGCGCCCAAUUUCAUCCUCAGAUGACUCUAGUUGAUGUGGGAGGGGAAGGAGGGACUUACAUCGAUUCGGCCUGGAUCAAGCGCAUAGUUUUUUGAGUAUGAACAAUUCGGUUCCUUGUAGACCAUAAUAACGCACCCAAAGUCGUGGUAUGAAGGGUUGUUAACCGACAGACUUACCAGGUCUCCACCCAGGUUUCAGGUCCGACUAAACUGAGUACUUAUUAGGUUGAGAUCAAGGAACAGCCACCAGUGUGGCACUCGUGGAUUUUCAUUCAAUCUCGUUAACCACUUGAUCGAUACCAUUUUAACGUAUACUUCACAUUAUCUUGUCCUUGAAACAAAGCGACUGGGGAAAGAGAGCGUGAGGUCACCUCUGCGCAUGUCUACCUCACCCAACUUUAGUAGAUGUGCAAGCCGCCAAUGAGCACUCUAAAAGGCAGCGGUUGACUGAACUGAACGAAGGAAAGUAGUCGUAUUGGCAGUAGCAACAGUUUUGAUUGUAGUAGUAUUAUUAACCGUAGUUGCAGUAGUAGUAGUAGUAGUAGUAGUAGUAGUAGUAUAUUACUACUAGUAACCAGCACGUCCGCCUUCCUAGAUCCGUGUUUCUUCCUUCUAAAGUGCGUUGGCAGUCUUUUAGAAGCUGUCUGCAGAUCUAACCCCUUCUGAAAGAUGCCGCACUUAAAUAUUUUUCCCGGCAACCAAGGGCUUCCGUGUUCUUGAAGACAGAACCACGUUUCGAUGUCAGUAGAAGAAUUUUCUUCUGCUUCACAAACCCAACGCGUAACCUUAAGCACUUUUGUAGACACCCAGAAGCCUCUGUAAUCAAGUCGUUCUCGCAAAGCUGUCUCCGAUUCGAUAUAUGGCUAGUUGUACCUGAUGGCAGCUGUCUCAGGUUGGUGAAGUAAUAGACAAUAAGCUAUAACCAGUGACACUUUCGUAAAUCAAAAUGCCUAUUAAUUAUUAAAAAACGCCCCGAAAAAAACGAUACGCUGCUAAGGUCUUGCAUCUGAAAUAUUUUUGGUUAUAAAAUACCGUCGGUUUUGUUCUCUCUCGGUUCCUCCUCAGGCAAAUUUCAUAAUCUUUUCUUGAAUUUGCGCAGACUUGGUAUACUUAUUUGCCUGCAAAUAGCCUAGUUUCUCGUUUUUCCACCAGCAUUUUGGUUUCUUACAUAUCUAUGCACCUAAAUAAUCGGCCUUGCCUUUCUAGUGUGUCGCGACGCUAGGUACAACGGCAACAUGCAGCUACGAUCGCCUGCCUGAGAUUGGCCCCAUCUGUCAAGAGUACGAUAUGUGGUUGCACGUGGACGCUGCAUAUGCCGGCUCAGCUCUCAUUUGUCCCGAAUUUCAUCGUCUAAUGCCCGGCUUGGAGGUAUGUCGUUAUUGACUAACCAACCAAUCAGAAUGCAGAAAGCCUGCUUCGUUCUGUUGCGAAGAUGUUUGCAUAUAAUAAGCAGGUUUUCUGGCAGCCGCGUCCACACCAUCGUAUGUCAAAACGUGCCCCCCAAACGGGCCGUUCGGUAGAUGCGCCAUACCACCACGGGCCUACAUUGGAUUCCGACUGGCCUUAUCGGGUAUGCCCACCCAUAACAUAUGCCAACAUUCGGAGUGCGGUGGUAGGCCCAUUUGUCGGCUGACUUCGCGCACAUUGGGAUCCCUGCCACCCUCCCAGUUUUGCUGUUGUUCUAAAAUCCUGGUCUAGUGUUUGUUGUUGACCAGGGGGUGUGGAGUGGAGCGCCAAGGCGUGGGUUCAGUCGGGCCACGCACCUGCGCCCUCCCCCGUUCAUAGUCUUCUCGACUCUGUACUGAGGCCGGACCCAGGGGGAGGGGUGAGAGUGUGAUAGAUGCUGCGCAAGUCUGUUCUCACUGUAAACUUAUUCAUGCGCAAGCCACCGUGUCUGACUCACCUUGCUAUGGAGCACACGGCGGACAUCAUCGGGCACGACGGUCGAACUGUCGUUUGUGCCAACAGGCAGGCGUCACAGGGUCGCGGGGGUUUAUAAGAUUUUGACGGGCAAGUCACGGGAAUGCUCGGAAUUCAGAAGUACAGAUAGGGGGACAAUCAGUUUGUAUCAUUUCCCUUAAAGUUUCUACUAAAUUCCACCACUAGCGUGCCACCACGAAUUUGGUCGCAGUAGACUUCGGAUAGCAAACUGACAUACACAGAGGUGAGAGAGUGACCCAUUUGCGUCAGUAGUCAACGAGAGGUUUCCCAAUUCAAAAUUCAUGAGUGCAGAAUGCGUAAGGCAAUCUUUGCUCUGGUUGGGAGUGUACUAGCAGCCCUGAAGGUGACAGCAGUAACCGGUCGAGCAAAUUUGGAGUCCGCAGUUUUUGCGUUCGUCAGCACGACGAGCGCGUGUGCGCCUGAGCCACGUCCGGCUGCGGCCAAUAAUUGAAGAGUAAAAUAUCGAUCGGCGUCCGGUCGUCCGCAGGUCGAAGGUUUGCAAUCAACUGGCAAGCGAGAGUUGUCUAUCGCCACGCCGAGUGGACCGCCGCAGGAGCAGACGUUUAGGCAGGAUUCUGUCAGACUUUUAAGGUCGGUGAGACUGAAGUUCCCCCGAGAUGUGGCAAGUACCAGUCGAGAGAAUUUUAUCGCUAUUGUCCAGCCCGCAGUCCAUUUACAAACACAAUGAAUCCCCACCCCUCAAAAACGGACCUGCGGGACGUGCUCCAGUGAGCGCUGUUCAGGGAGCUGAACUGUUUGCGCGUUAUCACAACAGUGACAAGCACUUUAUAAGAAACCAAUUUCGAGCAAAUGUAUUUUCGACGUCAUUGUCCUUCGUACAGCAGUAACCGAUGUCAUAGGACGUUUUAUUUCUCCUGUAGCGACCAAACUGUGGGUAUGUGAACUCAGUGCGCUACAAUCAUCAGGUCAAAUCCCAAAUCGUAAGGAAAAGUCAGAAUUGAGCAGAAUGGAGAGUUUAUUGUGCACAGAACCCGAGUUGUCCCCUCAAGCGGCAGUGGCCGCUGGCGAUGCCAAGGCUGGUGUUGACUGCAUCCAGGCAGGCCUGAGAGUCCCUGGGACGGUGGUGGCAGCCGCUUUUGUAGGCUCACGGGUCAAGCCCAAGUACUCUGCAAUCGGUGUGUUUUGUAUUUGUCGAGGCGUGGUGUCCCAGUGGCCUAGGUUGUGGUUGCAGUGGGGAGGUACGUUCACGUGACGGCAUGGGCAACUGCGGCUGUGUGGACGCAAUUGUGUCCGAGCUGAAGCCGGUCGAGUAGCUUCAAGUUAGCAUGUCUGAAGCGGAUCGCUGUGAGAUAUGAGUGACCUUGAAACAACGAGGCCUUGAACAAUUACGCCAGACUGGCCAUGAUGGCUGCCCGCAACACUCUAACAUCAAGUGAUGAUAAUUUGUCAAACUGCUGCCUUAAUGAAAAAAAACCGUCAUGCAUCCUGCUUUCGUUUAAUGAGCAUGUACCCUAUUUCAGUCCUUGAACUUACUGUGAAUCGGCUUAUUUACUGUAGUGCGUGACAUGCAGUUUGUGAAUAAGCUUUCAGGCAAACGUGUGUGUCCGGUAGACUUGGAACCCUAGUACAUCCCCCAUUACAAUGUACGGCGGUCACCUCUGUCAGCCUGUUUCUGAUAGGGCUGUGCGAUUCAGAGCCCCCUGUCACGGUUCAUUCGAGAGCCUUUAAAGGGUUCUGAGUGUCGUUUCCAGCGGCAAGGGAAAUUCAGUAUGGGGCAGUUCUUUCCCUUGCGGAGGCCUCCGCAGAGGCAACUGUAUCCUGUUCUAACUUAGUGGAACUGUCCCUGUCCCGAGAAAAGAGUCGCGCUGACAGUGACGAUGUCCGAGUUCUAGGAACAGCGAUACCUCCCCUACCUCGUGGAAGAAUGAUGAUUAUGUUAUCCCAAAGACUACAAACGUUCCACGUGCACCGUUACUCAGUCGUGGGGUAUGGGGGGGUACAGCUGCUGUUUACAGACUUUGGACAUUGUUUACAGUACAAAGCCGACAUUGUCAUCUCCGAGAUUAUGGCAAGUCAACAUACCUAGGGGACCUUUUCUAAAGCCGCUCUCCUAGAGAAGGUAGCUAGUACCUUCCCGAAAGCGGCUAUUCGGACACACAAGCAGCUGUGGAAGUCCUCUGGGGCGAAAAUGUGAUCCUAAUCAGUCUCGUGACAUGACGUAGAUAUUUGGUGUUAGUGAUGAGUGCAAGCGGUGAUGAAGGUUGCCUGCACACGGAAUGAAACACCGUGGGAAUUACUCAUGCCCUAUUGGUAUACCCCUCUUUGCCGACUCCAGUCUGAUCGAGCGACAGGGUUAUCUCAAGGGAAUGCGCAAUAAGGCCUCGCGGUUCAUCCAACACAAGCCCCAAAGUUACUGGUGACACGACACGGGCGCUUCCUACACACUGACCCACUCAUGCCAAAGGCGGGGUGAGAACGAAAGAGCGUGUAAUUGGUCAACCUUGGUCUACGGCAAGCGCGGAGCCUGAACAAGCUUCUUCGUAGUUCACAAGACCGGCUUUCGUAACCCGAUAGCGGCAGCUUUGUCUGUUGCUAAAAGACUUUAGCUUAGGAUAGCUCGAGGGAACCUUGAAAACCACACGAAAAUCUUCGCUGGUGUUCACACGAUGCCUGGAAUCGACAAAUGUUAAUCGAUUUCUCUAGUCACUGACAUUAUUUACUUAACCCCUUUCCCGUAUACAAGUACUGGCUUGAGGAGACUCUGUCGAGAGCAAACGUACAGAGGUUGUGAUAACUCAUGAAAAGUCAUGAUUUAUCACCAGAAAAUCCUAAUAAUGCACAAUCCUUCCAAACUGCGUUUUCCAAAGCCUUAUAGCAGUAAAAAGAACGACUGUUCUUUAACAAAGGCAUAGCUAAGUCCAAAACUAUUAUUUACUAGCGCAAAAUUAAUUAAUUUUCACUGAAAACUAGCAUUCCAGAAACUGGCUUUAUGACACCAAACGCCGAAAAUUUACAACCUGGAUUUUAAAGCUGAAUUCGCCCUUCUCUUCUUUAAGCCAAUGCCAUUUACCAUACCCGUCCUUACCUGAUCUUCCUAAAGUAGAGCCGAAUUUUUCACUCCCAAAUGGGAUUUUUGGUAAUUCUCCUGUUUAUACGAGUAUUCAUUCACAGCUUCGCGCACAUAAGCAUGAGAUUUUGAUCUGCGAGUUUUAACGAUGUAGGAAAUUACCUGGAUACCAAGAAAGGUCAGCUUUCCCCCAAAUUUGGGUUGUUUUCCUUUUAAAAAACUGAGCCGAAAUAAAUCGCUUUCCAUUAAAUGGUUUUCUGCGCCUCGAAUCAGUUUAAAAUACACGAAUAACAACACCAAGUUUAUGACAUACGUCUCACUCAUAUUUCAGUCAUGACAUUUCAAGAGUUAGACCACCUACUGUUGUCUCGCGAACUGUUCUUCUGGAUACUGUCGUAGGAGUCUAAACAUUGUCCCUUUAUCACUGCAAAUAACGGAAAAUAUAUGUGACAGUGAGCCACUAUGUUAUUUUAUAGCAGAUCUGUGUGCAAUUUAAGGUCAGUGUUCUGCCGUCACAGUUUCUCCAUGCAUGUUUGCGUCCUUAUCCUCAGUCACUGAGAUUCAUGCAGCAUGUUCUAGACAGUCUGUCAGACGUAAGCUGCGAUUGUUUCGAAAAGCCACCAUAUUUUAUUGACUCAGUCGUUUUGCCCUAGAAGUGCGUGAAAAACUGGGCCUUGGGCGCCUAGGCUGAACUCAUAAGAGGCAGAUUGAUUUUACUGUUUAACGUGCUGGUCUGCGUUAUGAUAGCCUGACGCGUUUCUUUCAUUGGCGCGCUUUUAUGACGCCUUUCUGCCAUUUUGCUUUCUAGUACAUUUCGUCCUUCGCCUUCAAUCCACACAAAUGGCUUCUAAUGAACUUUGACCUCUCCAUUGUCUGGUGAGUCUGGUGUACUGACUUUAUCAAUCUGCACCUGAACUUGCAUUACCACUUAUGGACAUCUUCUUAACUUGAAAGUCUAUUACGAGCCUAAAGAGAACUUCAAGGCCUUGUUAACUGCAGCGAAAAUGAGACAAAAAGGACUAGCCCAUCACAGGCAUCAUAAGUUAAUAUGGGAGGAUAGUUAAACCUCGCAAAUAUUAGGUCAGAGGUAAUUACCCACCCUGCAGGGUAAAUCGUGGUUUUCCAAAACCGCUGACGUCGGCUUUGUGAGAAAGUUGAGGGAGAACCGUGAAAUGGUUGUACGAGCAGGUUGUCGCAAUUUUAAACCGCUGCAUUCAUAUAUAAUUAGGGAACUCACUGAAAUUGGCCGUGUACUUUGACUGUCAAAAACCUCAUUGAGGAACGAUUGCAGAUCAGGUUACGGCACGUGCUCGUUUUGUUAUGCCCUGGGGCUUGGGCUAGAGCCCUUGCGGGCAUUUGCAUAGCAACAAGCCGUAGGAAACUCUGUAGUUCGAGCCUCAGGUUCUCCCAGAUUUGGGGGUGAGUGAAGCUGGCUGACGACGUCCAAUGGGUCAGGAAUGGAAAUCUCAGCCUUCUUUGUAUUUCUCGGUGCCGCCACCACCACCAACACAUCAUCACAUACUACCUCGAGCUCGCCUGUUCGAUACUACUAAUUGUUAUGCCACCGCCUGUGUGAUCUUUAGAUGAGCUUGAAGACCAACUGGAACGGGUACGUUCCAUAACCUGAUAGGUUAGCGCUAUCAUAACACAGUCAACCUUCUCGAUCACAACCGAAAGAACAGCGAAACUGGAGCUCAAUGGUUAGAACUUCGGAUGGUAGCAAUCGGAAGAUGGCACCCAAAUAUUCGUUGCCUAGAAAUAAUACCUACUAUAUAUUUGCGUAGGUUAUAGCCCUACAUAUCUGAUGUUUCAUUCGACCUCAGUUCCAUCUGACCUUCAGUCCACAUGCUGCCUCACUUAGAUUAUCAUAGUUUCCAACAUUUGAGAUGCGAUCGCUGUAGACCCAGCCAUGGUUAAUCAACCUUGGCCUAGGCUUACACGACUGACGAGUGGCAGCAGUAGUGGGGUUGCGGCUAAAUCUAACCAUACCUAAGGAUAUUAGAGAAACGAUCGCUGUAGACCUACACUAGCACUAUCAUUCUUCACCAUUGCUUCCUGAGGUGAGGAGCAACCGCAUUUGUCGGUAUCCGGCUUUAUCUAUGGCAACAUACCUUAUGAUAUGUUAGCGUUCACAUCUAAGCCUGCAUAGUUUAGGAUAGUUGUGAAACAAUAUCUGCUGACAAACCCUACCAUUAUUAAGAUUGACAUCCGGAUACACAGCUGAGGACCGACCGCUAUGGUGCAUUUGCGACAUAAACUAUUCUAGACAGGCUGUUUUGGUUAGGCAGAUUUUUUUGGUUGCCAUCUCCCGAUUGUUACCCUUCGUAUCUACUAACACCCUCAGACGCUUCCAACCUGCGGUUAAGUAAGGCUGACUAACGAUGGCCAAUAAGGCAUAAAUAGUCAUCCUUUGUCCUUUUCGUUACCACCCAACAUAAAGGUACUGUUAGCAAGCGCAUGCACUCGGGUUCUUAGAGGAUAAUUAAGGUGUCAGAUAGCUACUUUAAAAAUAUUUACAUGUGCCUAGUAUAUCGAAGACAAAACCUGACAAUUUUUCAAAUGUCCAGUCUGCGAAUUCCUUGACUGAUUUGCUCGACAUGUCACCUGACAACGUAAUUCUCAUGAAAACACUUUCUCUUACCAGACUCUGUAAUUUUAGAUGACUUUUCAAAGAAAGUUUCAAUCAUUUUUAAAAAAACGCAAGGCAGACUCAAGCUCUCCCUGAUGGACAGAUCAACUAAGCGUGAUGGGUGUACCUUCCUUAUAUCAUUUCUGUGCCAGUUCUGCCAAUUUGGGCUAUAGAACUUGUGCGCAAAAUUGAGUUGACAGUUCGACCAUCGGUUUCGAUGUAGCGCUGCAACAAGCAUGGACCCUAGGGACACCAUCCGUCCGUUUGUCGUGCUGAAUGUCAAAUGCUUGUAAAAAUAAAUGUUAUCGAAUUUCCUAUUCCGUGCCCUCAAAACAAUUUACAAAAUCUUACCAGAUUCGAACUAUAUCGCGCAUGAGAAUCUGGAUAGGGCGUCUCAGGAAGUGACAGACAGUCCUGGGUCAUGCGUUUAACUUCGCAGCCACCAAGAUUAUCGCCCGCGCCGGGAACAAAACAGGCCGAGAAUUGCUUGAUGCCUGGGCCUCGGAUGAGAACUCAGUCAAUCGAUUUACCGAUCCGGCGCCUGCGCAGUCACCUCCAGUCUUGCGCCAUCGGUAGAUGAUUGGCUAACACGUCCUAUGACAGUCGCUUGUUCUAUUGUUGCUUCUAUCGCUGACGAUAGACUCCUGCAGGAGUUCGAAAGCCCAGAAUAAUAACCAGAAUUUUCCGUUGCUCGGCCACGCUGUUUCCUCAUCUACAACUACAGGGACUACAGCAGCGAAAUAAAGUCGGUCGAGACUUGUCACACAUUCACUGGUCUUCUGUGUGCUGUCGACUUCGGCGCCAUUGACAGACUAGGAGCAGACAUCGUGGGCCCGACCACGAGGGAUCGACCUGCAUUGGCUGGUCUGUGCCUAUUUCUGAUUACACAACUGUGUCAGAAGGCCUAACAAGCCAACAAGCUCCAGAGAGUAAGCUGCGACAGACUGAUGGCGAAAUACUGUGUCACUGCUUGAUGUGUUUUUGUUUUUCCAGGAAAAAGACCUUUUAGACUGAGGGCACGAGCACAGGCCAUGAGGAGUUAUGGAGGUCUUGCACAUGGUUAUGUUGUCAACCAAACCCUACGCUUUUACCUGAUAGCUGCCAGUCCACGCGUGAUUUCUAAGUCAGCGUGACUGCGAGGCAGAACUAUCAGGGAACCGUGGGGAGAACUGAGACCGUAGAAAUGCUCUCCUUCUCCACCGUCCCCGUCUGUCUCCACCGUCGCAAUCUGGCAACGGUAUAGAGAAGGACUCCACGUAACUGUCAGUAGACUGUGGAUUCUGUUAUACGGGGUUUUAUCUUGGCAUACUUUUGCUGGCUGUUGAAGAAAUUACACUGCCAACAAGGAUUACUUCCCACGACCUCACACCUUAACUCAAAAUCCGUUAUUUUGUGAAAUUUACCUUCUGUUUAUUGUUUAAUUACUACUCUCAUUUCCGAUGUCGCACAAUGACGUAGGAUGAGACUUUUGGCAUAAAUCCAGGCAAUUUGUCAGCUUACCGUCUAGCGUGCUGCCCCACCCAUAUAACUCCUUUAUCAUAAAUCGCCUAUGGCGCGAUCCACAGUCUACUGACAGUUAAGUGGGGUACUUCUCUAUACCGUGGCCCGCAAUUGUGGCAGGUGUUCACACUUAUUUGACAUUAGCCAAAUUGCCAAGAUAAGGUUCCGUUUGGAAAUGGCCGCUCAAAUGAUGCUACGAGACGGAUCAAAGCGCAACGAAAUCCCAAACCCACCCGGAUGGUGGCUUACAGUUGCACAUCCUACUGCCCGUUCGUACAACCCUAGUUUCGAAAAGCAUUCCCACUUAAGUAUUGUGCAUUUAUUCGCCGCUCUUAAGACUGAAUUAAUUUAGUCAUACCUCAUAAAAAUUAGACUGAGUUACUGAGUUCCCGAAAGUACUUAUUUCUCGAAAGUACACAGCCAAAUAUAUUUUAUGGAAUUAAAAAGAAAACCCUUCGUAUGUUUGGACGUUUCUGCAAUGCUUACAGAAUGUGUCGCGUAACUAAGCAGCUGAAAACAUUAUCACGUCCAAGAAGUCUAUUCAUAAUAAUUUGAGGAAAAAUAUGAAAUUUAUUUAUGGAAAACUUGAACAGAUCCUGUGAAGGUUUGAGCCAAGUUACUUAAACAAGAUCCCCAAGUUAACGCCUGAGAAAAUCAAGAGGCUAUAGGUGACUGAAGCCCUCAAGCGACCCGCAACGGUAAAUCUAGACCAUCCAACAGUUAGGGCAAUUUCAUCCGUUAAUAUGGUGGUGAAUUAUGCCAAUAUCAAACCUGUUGACGGGAAAUUCCAUACAACGGAGUCGGCGAAAUAAUAAAGCACAGAAAAACGUAUUUUGCAGAAAAGAAGUAUUUUUUCAAACAAAAAAGUAAACAUAGAAGGCAAAUUUUACUUAUCACCCUUAACGGGACAUUCAGCGUUUGCACUGCGAUGAAUUUUUUGACUCUUAACUUUUUUGUUUCCCUGGCCUUAUUUGUAGGUUGAAAAAUUCGCAGACGUUCGUUAAUGCCUUCACUGUUGACGCAUCAUACCUCCAACACGCCAAACUCGGAAAGAUGCCCGAUUUUAGGGUUGGUUUCUGUCCCCAUUUUUUUAACUAAUGGGGUCUCUUUAGAAUUGGCACAUUCCUUUUGGACGCCGGUUCAGAUCCCUCAAAAUAUGGUUUGUCCUCAGAGCCUACGGUGUCAGUGGCCUUCAGAAGUACAUACGAAAUGUAAAAACCAUUCAAGUUGUUUCAUUACACCAAACAUAUUUAGCACGUCGAGAUGGCACAUUAUUUGGAACGCCUGUUCGUUGAGGACGGCCGGUUUGAGAUCGUGGGUGAAGUCACACUCGGGUUGGUCUGUUUUCGCAUAAAGGUAACGAAUGCUGUACAUAAAACUUACUCAAAUAAAUCUAAGUAGAGUGAUUUUACGCAUCUCUUUUUUCUAACUGCAGAACGACAAUGCGCGUACGCGGACGUUGUAUGAAAGGAUUGAAGCUGAUGGUCGUCUGCAUUUGGUGCCGUCAUAUAUCCGGCAUCCAGCCGAACUGUUCUUCAUCCGAGUUGCCAUCUGCUAUAUGUUCAUGGAUAAAGAAUUGACCCGAACAUCAUUUAAUGUCAUUUCUGAGCUGACCAAAGAAAUUCUUCAAGCAGAUGGGACGCAUGCAUCAUGA